CGGCGGAGAGCAGCAGCCCCUUUUCCUGCCCUGAGCUGCUCGUCAUUCCUUCCAGCACCUCCAUCAACAGCGCUUCCCCUCUACGGCGCGCAACGCGGUCGCCGGCCCGUGCGGAUCCUGACAAGGCCAGCCGGCGCCGGCAGGCCUGGGCCACGCGCGCGUGUUGCUGGGUAACGGGCCAUCUCCCGCGGCGGCUCGGCCCCUCCUGCCUCGGCUCGGUCCUCCUUCCAGAAGCUCCGGCGUCCUUUCCGAACGGCGGGGUGGCGCCGGGCCUGGCGCAGCCGAAGUAAAGCCAUGGGAAUCUCUCCGCGGUGCACCCUUAGCGGCUACCUUCGCUGGAGAAGCGGCGGUGUCGUCCAGGAAACCGGAAGCCCAUGGUGACCCCUGGCGACCCGGUUUGGUUUGGUUCCGUUACCAAACACUGGGGAAUCGAACGUCGGCGGCCCUGGGGGCGGCCCUACGUAGCCUGGCAUCAGGCUGUCAUGGAUGCACUGGUAGAAGAUGAUAUCUGCAUUCUGAAUCAUGAAAAAGCGCAUAAGGGAGAUACAGUGAAUCCAGUCUCAAUAUAUUCAGGAGAUGAGUCUGUUGCUUCACAUUUUGCCCUUGUCACUGCAUAUGAAGACAUCAAAAAAAGACUUAAGGAUUCAGAGAAAGAGAACUCUUUCUUAAAGAAAAGAAUACGAUUUUUGGAAGAAAAGCUUGUAGGAGCUCGAUUAGAUGAAGAAACAAGUUCUGUGGGACGAGAACAAGUAAAUAAGGCAUAUCAUGCAUAUCGAGAGGUUUGCAUUGAUAGAGAUAAUUUGAAGAGCAAAUUAGAUAAAAUGAAUAAAGACAACUCUGAAUCUUUGAAAGUAUUGAAUGAACAGCUACAAUCUAAAGAAGUAGAACUCCUCCAGCUAAGGACAGAGGUGGAAACUCAGCUGGUGAUGAGGAAUUUAAGUCCACCUUCAUCAAACUGGGAGGUGGAAAAGUUGAGCUGUGACCUGAAGAUCCAUGGUUUGGAACAAGAGCUGGAACUGAUAAGGAAGGAAUGUAGCGAUCUCAAAAUAGAGCUACAAAAAGCCAAACAAACGGAUCCAUCUCAGGAAGACAAUCUGAAGAGCAAAGAUCUCCAAAGACUAAGCAUUUCAAGUGAUAAUAUGCAACAUGCCUACUGGGAACUGAAGAGAGAAAUGUCUAAUUUACAUCUGGUGACUCAAGUACAAGCUGAACUACUAAGAAAACUGAAAACCCCAACUGCAAUCAAGAAAGCUUGUGCCCCAAUAGGAUGCAUUGAAGACCUUGGGAAAGACAGCACAAAACUGCACUUGACGAAUUUUACUGCAGCAUACAAAAGACAUCCCCCUCUCUCUCCAAAUGGCAAAGCACUUUAUCAUACAUCUUCCCCUUUACCAGGAGAUAUAAAGGUUUUGUCAGAGAAAGCAAUUCUCCAAUCCUGGACAGAUAAUGAGAGAUCCAUUCCUACUGAUGGUACAAACUUUCAGGAACACAGCUCUUAUGGCAGAAAUUCUCUAGAAGAUAAUUCUUGGGUAUUCCCAAGCCCUCCUAAAUCAAGUGAGACAGCAUUUGGGGAAACUAAAAGUAAAACUUUGCCUUUACCCAACCUGCCACCACUGCAUUACUUGGAUCAACAUAAUCAAAACUUCUUUUAUAAACAUUAGUUCUGAAGAGUUGCAUGAUUUGAUCACGAGGAUACUGUAUCUCUCUCAGUGGUUCUCCCAGGAAAUUAUUUAACAAACUGAAAGUGGAUUUUUAUUAAAAUUUUGCAAAGUUCUUCAGUAUAUACAUUUGAACAUACUGUAUGAUAUUAUGUAGUUAUGUAGUUGAUUUUUCAAUAUGAAAGAUCACUCUUCAGUUCCAUAUUCUAAGAAUCAUAUAUGUUACAAUACUAAUUAAUGAACUUAAGGUGUUUCAAAACAACAAUUCUUCCUUUGAGAAAAACUGUAAAAUUUUGCCUCUCAAAGAAGGUAAUUGGAGAUUUUUAGACAUGGUUUUACAAAGUAUGUUAAAUGCCUAAAUACACAGUCUUAAAAAUAAAAGGAAGCCAUUAAUAUAGGAGAAAAACAUGUAUGUUGCUUCAAAUUGCAUAAAGGAGCAAAUGGCAGUGUGAAUAGGUUGUAUUUCUGUUGACCUUAUGAUGUGUAAAGAUAUAAAAAAUAUUAUAAUGAAAUAAGUGUCUAGGUUAUUCCAUCUCUAUAUGUUACUGUGUUUAAAAGUUUAAGAUUUAAAAUGAUUUUUUAGUCACAAUACUGUUUGUUGAUAAAAUUUUAGAAUUGCAAAUUGGAUUCUGACUUGAAAUAAGCUGAUCAUUGAAGCCAACUUUGUCCCAGUACGUUCAUGUCUAAUUGAAAAAAAGAUGUAGUUGAAAACUGUGUGGUGUGUGAAUAAACUAUUACAACCCUAUACACCAUUCAGUUAGAAGUAGAAAGAGCAUCACACAGGUUUCAGUCUAAUCUGUCCAUUCAGUGGUCCAUACUGAAAAUCGAAAUGUGUCACUGUAUAGUCAUUUUCCUCAAGGGAACUAUACCUACUUGUUAUGUACAGUAACUUACAAACUGUUAGACUUUGUUUUGAAAUGUAGUAUUUUACUUAUUGAGGAAGUUAGGUUUAAUUAAUUGAAUAAGGAAUUCUAAUUCUAGAAACCAAAUUUUGUGCUGUAUUUACGUAGUACAAUCGUGAAAUGUCCCUAAACUCUUUUGUUCUAAGUGGCCAAUUAUUUGUAACAAGUAAGGAAACAAACAACAAAGAUGGCUUCACAUGGAAAUUUAUCUGAAUUCUUUCAGGGUGGAGGUAUUAAGAAUGUUAGUAAUAUAUUAUUUGGUUCAUACACCUUUUGCUUGGGAUAAAGUGUUUCAUGUAGGAGAACUUUAUCCUUUUUGUUAGAGUUUCAUAUAUCUUGAACUCAAAAGAAUAUCUCAGAUCUCUUCUUCUAUAUUACUGAAGAGCAUACAUACAUAAACAAUGUUCACCAUUCACCAGAUAUUUUUGCCUUUCUAUUAUCUUACUCAUUUAUUCAGGCUUGCCUGUGAUUAAUGGAAUUGGUGUCAGAUGCUGGAAUUUAUUCUGACCAAUGAACACAGCUGACUCAGGGGAGUACAAUCUCCUGCCAAGUAAUAGAACAAAACCCAAUAUGCAUUAAACAAAUACAAGACUUCGGGCUUUAGCUGAAGGAGGCAACUACCUGUGUAAUAAAGCAGCAGAAAACUAUUUCUCAUGUGGCUGCAUAGUCUGUAUAUUAUAUCUAAUCUCUAAUGUAGCUUACUGGUUUGCCUUUUUUUAAAACCGAGAUUGGAAAUUUUCGUUUGUAAAGAAAAUGAGUCUUAGGAGAUAACAGCUUGAUUAAUGUUUUGAAUAAUGCCAAGAAAUUGUUUAAUUAAAACAACUUAAGUUUUAUUUGAAA